AGCUAAAUUGCAUUUGCAGCUGUUGUUUCAAAUUAGAAGAAUGACCAAAAUGCAUGAUACCUCUUAAAUUUAAGAAAGAGCAAAAAUAAACUUUGCACAAACAAUGUCAAACAACAAGCCCUUAAAUUAUAUAUCCCUGUGUGUGGUGGCGACCUGUCCCCGAGCUCUCCGCCCCCUCUAUCACGUCACAUGUUGUUAACUCGGGUAUUAUCGGAAAAUCCCAGCUCACUCAUUCAUCACUUCGUCGGUGCUUCGUGCUCCACUUGUGAUUCUGAUAUUUCCGACGGCACAGUAAAGGCAGCACCGAUUGGAGGCUCAACGGUACCGCGUCGCUCCCGACAAACUUACGGAACAAAGUGUGUAAACAAAUAUGAAACGUCCCGGAAAUGUAAUAACAGUGUAUUUAACAACAGUCACUCUUCUGCUUUGCCUAUCUUCAGUCAGAGGUGACUACUGUGAGGUGAAUCUUUGCCAUAAUGGAGGAACGUGUGUGACGGGGGUAGGCGAGGAUCCCUUCAUCUGUAUCUGUGCGGAUGGAUUCGGUGGAGACAACUGCAACCUGACAGAGACAGGACCUUGCAGUCCUAACCCCUGUAAGAACGAUGGGUCGUGCGAGGUCAUCGCUCCGACCAGACGAGGAGACGUUUUCAACGAGUACAUCUGCAAGUGUCAGCCCGGCUUUGAGGGAGUGCACUGCCAGAUCAACGUGAAUGACUGUGCCAACCAGCCUUGUAAGAAUGGAGGGAUGUGCAGAGAUCUUGAUGGAGACUACACCUGCCAGUGCCCCUCACCGUAUGUUGGGAAGCAGUGCCAGCUACGUUGUAUUUCUCUGCUGGGAAUGGAGGGAGGAGCAAUCGUCGAGUCCCAGAUUUCUGCUUCUUCUGUGCACUACGGCGUUCUGGGUCUUCAGCGUUGGGGCCCGGAGCUGGCUCGGCUCAACAACCAAGGCAUCGUCAACGCCUGGACGUCAGCCACUCACGACAGGAACCCCUGGAUUGAGAUCAACAUGCAGAAGAAGAUGCGUCUGACAGGAAUCAUCACUCAGGGUGCCAGUCGCAUGGGCACAGCGGAAUACAUCAAGGCCUUCAAGGUGGCGAGCAGCUUUGAUGGGAACACUUACACCACGUACAAAGUGGAAGGUCAACGGAGAGACAAGGUGUUUGUGGGUAACGCAGAUAACGACAGCACAAAGACGAAUCUUUUCGACCCUCCUAUUGUGGCCCAGUACAUCCGUAUCAUCCCUGUGGUUUGCCGCCGGGCCUGUACGCUGCGCAUGGAGCUGGUGGGCUGUGGACUCAAUGUUUAUUCAAACACGGCAGGUUGCUCAGAGCCUCUGGGAAUGAAGUCUCGCCUCAUCUCAGAUGGGCAACUUUCAUCCUCCAGCUCUUACCGCACAUGGGGCAUUGAUACCUUCACAUGGCACCCUCAGUUUGCCCGAUUGGAUAAGCAGGGAAAGACCAACGCCUGGUCUCCUGCCCACAACAACCGAUCAGAGUGGAUCCAGGUCGAUCUAGAGAAGACAAAGCGCCUCACAGGCAUCAUCACUCAGGGGGCCAAGGACUUCGGGGUAGUACAGUUUGUGUCAGUGUUUAAAGUUGCUUACAGUAACGAUGGAGAGUCUUGGAGUACGGUGAAGGAUGAGGACACCAGCAAUGAUAAGCUUUUCCAAGGCAACAUUGAUAACAACACUCAUAAGAAGAAUGUAUUUGAGCCGCCGUUCUAUGCCCGAUACGUCCGAGUCGUCCCCUGGGAGUGGCACGAGCGCAUCACUCUACGCAUGGAGCUGCUGGGCUGCGAUGACUAAAAAAACUUAUCAGUCACCAUCUAUCAGUGCCCCAUCCUCAUCCAGCGUCCCCAUCUCCUCAGACGACAGUGGACAACGCAUCCCUGACAGAAUCGUCUGUUUGUUUCUCUGGAUGGAUUAAGAUCCUGUUGGCUGAAUAGCUGGGACUGUUACACUUAUAGCACUUUCUAAAUAGUGAUUUUUUUAUGUUCAUGUUAAUGAAAUUGUUUGACAUUGCUCACAGAGAAUCUUCUACUGAGUAUUCAUGCUUUUGAAUUUUAAAUUUGUAUAGAUUUACUCUUAGUCCAUAUUUUUUGCUCCUUCUAAAAAUUCAUGUUGAUUUUGACUUGAUAAUAGUGCUUUUCGCCUCUUCAUUAUACUCCAAACUAAAGGCAAAAUUGCCAAUUUUAACCCUUUUUCUGUCCUGGCUCUGAAAUUACAAACAACCCUGCAAUUUUUUAGUAGUUUUAAUGGUCUACAGAGGACAGAUAACAAGAAUCAUGUAUCUCACUAAACUCAUUAUCCAACUUGUCCGGCACAAACUAGAAUAAUAAAGCAGGGCCUGUGCAAUAUGUGUUUUAAGAUGUGAGGAAAAAAUACCCAAUGUAGAAAAAUAAAAUUUGAACUCCAGUACACUGCUCUGUUACUCAAACUGGAAUGACAAACUGUAGUUUUUACUGCAUGAUGUUUUAAUGUUUCUCAUGUGACAUCAGUGUUUUGUUUUUUUUACAUAUUUUAACUUGAUUUUCCAUUUCAUCCUGACACAUAAUUUCAUUGUAAUUUAAUAGUUUUUACAACAAAUGUGAAAUACAGUACGUAGAAAGAUGUGUAGAAAAUAAACACGGUUUACAUGUUUUGUUUUUUAUUAAUUGUUGGUCUUGAACUGAGAUCAUUAAUUAAAAAGUUAAAAGAAA